GUCUUAGAAAACUUUGACAACAUUGCAGCUAAAAUAAUCAAAUAUAGUUUAUUUCAGUGUUCACGUAUCUGCUUAUAGACACUGCUGCUUUCAUGUUUGUUGCUUCUGUUACCUUUAAUGUAUUUGGAUUUGCUUAAGUUGUUAUUAAAUGCUUCUUUAUCUAAAUGAUCUAAAAAACAUGUACUAAAGCUUUCAGACUCGCAAUCUAGACUGACGUUACAAAAUGUCUCGGGAGCAGCUGGCAGUUCAGCAGGCCAGGAAGGCUUUCCUGACUGGAAGAUCUAAACCCCUGGACUACAGACUUAAACAACUUCAAAACCUAAAGCGAUUCAUUAAAGAAAAAACGACAGACAUCGCCAGUGCCAUGAGAGAAGACCUCCAUAAGACUGCAAAUGCAACACAGCUGUUUGAGAUCCUCGGCUUGGAGGGAGAAAUCAAUCUGGCUGUCAGCAAGCUGGCUGAGUGGGCAGCUCCUCGUCCUGUGAAUAAAAACCUUCUCACCAUUGCAGAUGAUGUGUACAUACAGCCAGAGCCUCUUGGUGUUGUGCUUAUGAUCGGGGCAUGGAACUAUCCAAUAGCAGUUACCCUGCAGCCUCUUGUGGGAGCCAUUGCUGCAGGUAACGCCGCGGUUGUGAAACCUUCAGAAGUGAGCUCUCACACAGCCAAAGUUAUGGAGCUCCUGCCUCUCUACCUGGACCCCGAGAUGUAUCAAGUGGUAACAGGAGGGGUUCCAGAGACCCAGGAGCUGCUGAAGCAGCGUUUCGACCACAUCUUCUACACCGGGAGCAGCACAGUUGGGAAACUGGUGAUGGAAGCAGCAGCUCAUCAUCUCACACCGGUGACUUUAGAACUGGGAGGAAAAAGCCCCUGUUAUGUUGACAAGAACUGUGACAUUAGAAUUGCCUGCCGCCGCAUCACUUGGGGGAAGUAUAUGAACUGUGGCCAGACCUGCAUUGCGCCUGAUUACAUCCUCUGUGAAUCCAGCCUCCAAGACAAAGUGAUUAAUGAGAUCCAGAAAUGUAUUCAGGAGUUUUAUACGAAUGACCCCAAAAGCUUUGCAGACUAUGGACGAAUCAUUAACCAGCGACAUUUUAAGAGGAUAAUGGCACUUAUAGAGGGUAGCAAAGUGGCUAUAGGAGGAGACGGUGAUGAAUCAGAGUGUUAUAUCGCUCCUACUGUUUUGAGGGAUGUGACCCCAGGAUCUAAAGUGAUGCAGGAAGAGAUCUUUGGGCCAGUUCUACCCAUCGUCAUCGUUAACGGCUUAAACGAAGCGAUUCAGUUCAUCAACGAAAGAGAAAAGCCUCUGGCGCUCUACGUUUUCUCUUCCAGUAAAAAGGUUAUUACACAGAUGAUAUCAGAGACGUCCAGCGGAGCGCUUGUAGCCAAUGAUUGCCUGGUGCAUUUUACCAUAAGCGAUUUGCCUUUUGGUGGGGUUGGGAAUAGUGGAACGGGUUGCUACCAUGGCAAAUACAGUUUCGAUCAGCUAAGCCACCUUCGCAGCUGUCUUAUUAAGAAGCUGAACAUGGAGGGCGUGAAUCAGAUGCGCUACCCGCCCCAUACAAGGGAGAAGUUACGCUGGGCCCGGGUUUUGCUCUUGAAGCAGGUUAAUCUGGCUCGCUGGCGUCAGGUCGCACAGGUCGCUAUGCUUGCUGCGCUGGCGGCCUUUGUGGUGCAGAGGUUUUUGCGACGGUGAGGACAACCUGAAGUUUGUCUCUCUGACCCAUCAUCUUGAUUUCGUGCAUACUGAAGAUGUCAAUAGAUCCAGCGCUCAUAGCACUCGCAGAAGAGCCUCUUAUGAUCUUGUACUUAUCUUUUGAAUCGGAUGAUAUAGAUUCAUGUCUUUAUUGUUACUUGGACUUGUGUUAAGAAGUCAUAAUCAAUGUAACUCACUUCAAAUUAAAACUUGAAGUGAUAAUCACAUAGUCUGAUACAGACCAUAGAACUCUUUGUAAAAAAAAUUUAAAUAAUAGCUUUAAUGAAGAAUUAUAGAAUGACGUUAAAACACAAAUAAGAGUCUAAGCACCUGAAUUAAUUUGAUGUAAUUACAGAAGUUAAUAAAGGACCCCAUGUUCUACUA